GCCGUCCUUCACCGGCGUGCUCGUGCCCUGUCGUGCUCGGUCGCCCGCUGCCACCGGGCCUCCUCCGUGACAUAUCUCCGCUCUGUUCUGUUGCAGGUUUAUGGGCGUCUGUGUUCACGAGGGCCAGCUGCACGCGCUGACAGAGUACAUUAACGGCGGCAGUCUGGAGCAGCUAGUGCAGUCGCCGGAGCCACUGACGUGGUGUGCGCGCACCCGACUGGGCCUGGACAUGGCGCAGGCGCUCAGCUACCUUCACAGCCAGCAGGUCUUCCACCGAGACCUCACCAGCAAGAACGUGCUGGUACGGCGGAACGACGACCUGACGCUGACUGCCGUGGUGGGCGACUUUGGCUUGGCCGCGCGCAUCCCCGACCCACGCGUACCGAGCCGUCUCAGCACGGUUGGCUCGUUCUGGUGGAUGGCGCCCGAGUGUAUCUCCAACCUGCCGUACGACCAGCGAGCGGACGUGUUCAGCUUCGGCGUCAUCCUGCUGGAGAUGGUGGGACGCGUCUCGGCCGACCCGGACGUCCUGCUGCGCACACCCUCGUUCGGGGUCGACUACGUGGCGUUCGCGUCUCUGUGUCCACCCGACUGCGACCUGGAGCUGCUGCUCGCCUUUACCUGCUGCCUGCACGCCGCCAGCAGCCGGCCGUCCUUUGCCGAGCUGGUGCGGAGGCUGGAGGUGCUACUGGCGAUACUGAGACCCCAGGCGGACGCAGCACGCCGGCCCAUCCCCGCAGCCGCACCCACUACCCACUGGCGCUGCUCGCGGGAGGACCGGCUGGCUCACCAGCUGCUGAGCGAGGCCUGCUCUCCGAGUGACAAGGCGCGCCUCCACCGGCGGCCGUGGCGGCGCCAGGAGACCCUGCGGCGCCGGCCGGCCACCGGUCCGCUGGCCGUCGCCCGGAAGAUGGCGGCACGCGACCCCGCCUACCGGCCCGGCGACACCACCAGUCCGUUCGCCACGCUGCAGCGUUACCGGCAGAGCCGCCGCGCGCCGCCGCCCGUCUGCGCCGACAUCUACAGCUCGUGUCUGGAGCUGGCGUGGCCCGGUGGCGCGGCGGCGGCCCCGGAGCCGGUCCUGGCGCCCCGCGUCGGCUGCCACAGCCUGCCGGCCAGUCCGGUGUGCGGCCGCCGGGCCGACUGCGACCGGCCGCCGCCCGCCCUCACCCUCACCGAGGCGCCGGCGCUGCGCCGACUGGCCUCCUGCGAGUCGGGCUUCUACAGCAGCGUCGGCGAGGGCGAGCGGGCGUCAGUGUCCGACCUGUCUCCGGCCUCGCUGCGGUCGGCCUGUAGCCACGACGACGCCUCGCUGGCCACGCUGGCCUCCUCCGUGUACACGGGCUCCUCGGACGACGUCAGCAGUCUGGGCUGCGACUCCGAGGGCCGCCCGGAGCGCUCCAGCGAGCGCUCCGCCACCGACUUCCGCCGCAUCCUGGCCUACUUCGAGCGCAGCGGCGCCAGCGGCCGGACGCUGCGGCUGAGUUUGGGCUGCCGGCAGCGGACCGCCGAUCGGCUGAGCCUGGAGCGGGCCGGCUGCGGCUGCAGCGUGCCGAGCGCGCCCUGCAGCGCCGAGGACCCCGCGCCGGCCGCAGGACAGAGGGCCAGGCCGCUGCCGCGCGUCCCCGUCUCCGAGGGGAUCGUGCGCGACAAGCGGACGGUUUUUGAGAAGAGCACGGGCGCGCCGCGGGCGCCCGUGUGA